AUGGCACUACCGAUCCCGUUCCCUAGUCCGCCGCCGGCCACGACGAAACGACGCGGCACUGUGCCCAGGGUCAGCACGUGUUGCUUCAACGACCCAGAGAUGAAGCGGCGGCGGCGGGUGGCGGGGUACAAGGCGUACGCGGUGAAGGGGAAGGUGAAGGCCUCGCUCCGCCGGGGGCUCCGGUGGUUCAAGCGCAAGUGCUCCAGCAUCUUCCAUUUCUGA